CAAAAAAUAAAGGAGGAAAAAAAAGAAAGGAGGCCGGACCCGACACAAAACAUAACGCACACCGAUAGCUGCAGAGGGUCCAUUAAUGGACAUGAAAUAAAUAGAUAGCGAGCAAAUACGCUUGUUCACGGAAUUUAAUCCAGUUGAGAGCAGGUCAUGCUGUUCUCGCAAAGGUAAUGAGCCGUAAAGCCCUUGGGUUUCGGCUUAGCAGCGCCCACAAACUGCAGCGAAACUGGAAUGAUUGGCAGCCCAGAGGCGACAGCGUGUCAGCAGCUAGCCAGGACGGUGUGAAGUGCAUCGCCACCAGAGACCUGGGUCCAGCUGCAGCAGCUGUAUACGACCCAACAGCAGUGGGAGUAGCAACCUCGGACCGGCCUGUCUCCCCACCUCUCCUACAUAAUGAUGCCUUCCCAGACACCGCAGACACACUGGACGAAGGGGGAGGAUAUGAAGCUGCAGGAGGGUUCAGUGAUGAUACUUUUGGUUGGAAGUCGUUGGGGCAAGAGUUGAGGAUCAACGAUGCGACCGCCGAUUUGACCACUUUUCAGCAGCAUGGAAACCGUGCUUUAGCUUCUAAGGACAUGAGGAAAUCCCACGACAGAGGGAUGUCUCACUCUGAUGAGUCUCGCCUGUCCAACCUCCUGCGCCGUGUGUCCCGUGAGGAGGACAGGGACCGCCGGCUGGCCACUGUCAGACAGCUCCGGGAGUUCAUCACUCACUCUGACAACAAAGUGGCCCUGGUGAAACAGUUGGAUACGAUCCUCAGUACCCUGAAUGAUAUUUUGAAUGAAAGCAGUAAGCUGCUGUCAGAGCUGCGUCAGGAAGCAGCGGUAUGCCUGGGUCUCCUGUGCACCGCUCUGAGCUAUGAAACAGAGCGCAUCUUCAAGUGGAUGUUUGUCAAGUUCAGCUCCAGCACCCGGGACGAGGUCAGGCUGCUGUACCUGGUGGCAGCGUACCGAGCCCUGGAGGCAGCCGGGGAGAGGAAGGCCUUCUCACCUGUCAUGCAGCUGGUGAUGAGUAGCCUGCAGUCCAUCCUGGAGAACCUGGACACGCCGGAGCUGCUGUGUCAGAGCGUCCGCUGCAUCCUGCAGGUGGCCCGCUGCUACCCACACGUCUUCAGCACCAACUUCAGAGAUACGGUGGAUAUCUUGGUGGGCUGGCACAUUGACCACACACAGAAACAGUCUCUGACUCAGCAGGUCUCAGGCUGGCUGCAGAGCCUGGAACAAUUCUGGGUAGCAGACCUGACCUUCUCCACCACGCUGUUGGGACAGUUUCUAGAGGACAUGGAGGCCUACGCAGAGGACCUGGGUCACGUGGGUUCUGGCGAGGCGGUAGACGAGGACAUCCCUCCUCCCACGGUGUCUCUGCCCAAACUGGCCGCCCUGCUGAGGGUGUUCAGCACCGUGGUGCGCUGCAUCGGACAGCGCUUCAACCCCAUUAGAGGACCGCCCAUCACACAGGCAUACGUCUCUGAUGUUUUGAACCGGGUGUUGGCAUGCGUGUCGACGGCCAAGCAGGUGUUGUUCUCUGAGCCGGUGUUGACGGCGGGGAACGAGUGUGUGUGUGUCCUGCUGGUGAGCUUGGAGCCGUCCGCACAGCUGACCGACACCGUCAUCACCUACGGUCUGGACCAGCUGGAUGCCUGCCGGGCCUGUGGCCCAGAGUACAGCCUGGCCGUCCUCAGCCUCAUCACAUUGAUUGUGGACCAGAUCAACACUAAGCUUCCAGCGUGGUUUGUGGAGAAGCUGCUGGCUCCCACAUCACAGCUCCUGGAGCUACGCUUCAACAGGGACAGAGAGGUGAUGUCAGCAGCCCUGGGUGUGUACCAGUCUGUUUUGAGCCUGAAGAACAUUCCCAUUCUGGAAGCGGCAUAUAAACUGGUUCUAGGAGAGAUGGCCUGUGCCCUGUCCAGCCUUCUGGCGCCCCUGGGCCUCUCCCCGACCCCUGGUACCCCCUCCCCGACCCCUCCACCCUUUCCCGGCAUCCAGCACCCUGUCUUCGCCCCCCUUACCCUCACUCCAGAGAGGGCAGAGUUCACCCUCAUCUUCAACCUGUCAGCCCUCACCACCAUUGGCAACACCAAGAACUCACUCAUAGGGAUGUGGGCUCUGUCUCCGACGGUGUUUUCGUUGUUGAGUCAGAACCUGAUGUUGGUCCACUCUGACCUGGCCGUCUACCACCCUGCUGUACAAUAUGCUGUGUUAUAUACCCUGUACUCACACUGUACCAGACAUGAUCACUUCAUCUCGUCCAGCCUGUCCUCCUCCUCCCCUUCUCUCUUUGACGGGGCGGUCAUCAGCACGGUAACCACGGCAACCAGGAAACACUUCAGCACCCUGCUGUCCCUGCUGGGAGCCCUGCUGAGGAAGGAGCAGCUCAACACUGAGGCCAGGAAGCUGUUGUUGACGUGGUCUCUGGAGAUGUGCCUGAUGAUGAAGAGGUCUGAUACCUACACCCCUCUCUUCUCCCUGCCCUCCUUCCACAAGUUCUGCAAGGGUCUGCUCCACAACGCCCUGAAUGAGGACCCAGUCAUCUGCCUCCAGACCUGUAACAGCCUUCAGGUCAUCUCCUCCUCACUCAACACCGAGCUGCUGCAGAGGUGUGUGGAUGUUUGUCGUGUCCAGCUGGUGCACUCUGCGGUGAGGGUGAGGCAGGCGUACGGCAAGCUGCUGAGGACAAUCCCUCUGGACGUAACACUCAGUAACCACAGCCACCCAGAGAUAGAGGAGAUCUCCUUGGUGGUCCGUCGUCACAUGAGCCGCCCCCCCAGCAGCACCUUUCACCCCCAGGACUUCAGUGACCUCAUCAGCUUCAUCCUCUAUGGCAGCCAGCACCGCGGAGGUAAAGAACCGUGGCUGGAGCGUCUGUACCAUAGCUGUCAGCGUCUGGAGAAGCGCGAGGGUGUCUCGUCAGGUCGUGAAGGGGGUGUGUGUGUCUCCGGUGCGGGUGGCGGUGUGUGUGUUCCGCGGGGUCUGCUGAAGACGGAGGCCGUGCUGUGGCAGUGGGCGGUGUGGGAGGCAGCGCAGUUCACAGUGUUGUCUAAACUCCGUACCCCGCUGGGACGGGCACAGGACACCUUCCAGACCAUAGAGGGUAUCAUCCGCAGCCUGGCGGCCCACAGUCUGAACACUGAACAGGAGCUCAGCCAAUGGAGCGGCGGCGACACAGACGACGGUCACCAUAGCAACCAGCUGCGUCUGGCGCUGCUCCUGCAGUUCCUGGAAAACCUGGAGAAACUGAUGUACAACGCCUACGAGGGCUGUGCCAACGCCCUGACCGCUCCGCCCAAGGGUAUCAGAACAUUCUUCUAUACCAACCGUCAGACCUGCCAGGAUUGGCUGACUCGUAUCCGCCUGGCCCUGAUGAGGGUGGGGCUUCUGUCCGGCCAACCAGCAGUCACCGUGCGCCACGGCUUGGACCUGCUGACUGAGAUCCAGAACAGCAGCACUCUGGGUCCAGAGUUGGAGUCUCCUCUGGUGAUGCUGGUAGAGGCUCUGUGUGAGCUUCACUGUCCUGAGGCGAUCCAGGGUUUAGCUGCCUGGAGUCUCACCAACACUGGCAAGAGUCUGGCUUGGGUCAGCUCUGUGGCACUACAGGCUGAGGGGCGGUUUGAGAAGGCUGCCGUGGAGUACCAGGAACAGCUGUGUGCCGUGACAGGGAUGGACUGUUCCAUUAAGUGCUUCGACCGCUCACUCCUCAAACUGGCCGGAGCCAACAGCUCUAACACAGCCAGCCCCAAACACAACGGCAACGGUGACGGCAGGAAGACGGUUCUCCUCAAGUCCAACGAGUGUUCCUCCGAGGUGCUCAACCUCCUUGCCAAUAAGGCAUGCCAGUGCUAUGUGGCCCUCGGCGAUUGGUCCUCGGCGCAGGAGUGGCAGGCCAGCGUGCAGGCCCUCAAGAAGAACCCCGCCGCAGCGAGCGUGCACCUGAAGACAGACUUCAACUACGUACGGGCACUGAGCUGCUUCGAGGACGGAGACUUCCCAGAAUGCCGUGCUCAGCUGGAGCUCCUGGCGGGGGAGAGAGACGACUACGGCCUGCUCAACUCCGUCUCUACUGGCUCCAAGGAUAAACUAGACCUGAAGCGUCUCCUCCCGGCAGUGUUGAGUCCGGACCCCUCAGAACUGCAGAAGGCCAUUGAGGUGCAGCUGCUGCGGAGCGCUGUGGCUGCCAUGACAACGGCCAAUCACGAGCAGGAACAGAAGGCCAUGCCCACCUCGGAAACCCUGGUCCGUUACCUGAAGCAGACGGGCCGUAUCUCUCUGGGUCCCCUCCGCCUCUCCACCCUCACCCUCUCUGACGGCCUGCCCACUCUGGCCACCCUGCAGCUGUACUGCUGCUCUGCCCUGGAGAACACACUGAGCGGACAGGAGGUACACACACACACACACACAGACCCUCGCCACCCUGCAGCUGUACUGCUGCUCUGCCCUGGAGAACACACUGAGCGGACAGGAGGUACACACACACACACACACACACUCGCCACCCUGCAGCUGUACUGCUGCUCUGCCCUGGAGAACACACUGAGCGGACAGGAGGACUGUCUGAUCCCUCUGUACAGUGAAGCUCUCAGCACCUGUAAACAACAGGACGUCCAGCCGUGGCUCCACGCUCUGAGAUACACCAUCUACCAGAGACAGCUGCUGCUCAGGCUGAAAGGCUCCUCUGCUCCGCUGGAUGGCCACCUGAUGGAACUAUGUCUGACGGCCGUCAAGUUCGCCCGGAAACAGGGGAACAUCGCCCUGGCCACGCGUCUGCUGGGCCAGUGCAGCGAGGAGGAAGAGGAGGAGGAAGGGUUGAGCCGUGCGUUCAGGCGGCUGUCACUAGCGGGUGCUGUGGGGGAGAAGUGGGGACCUGAACUACAGAUCGAGAAGGCUAAAGUCCUCUGCACCGCGGGUCAGUCCCUGGCAGCCAUGGAGAUGUUGAGCUCCUGUGCUCUGUCUUUCUGUCGCUCAGGGAAGUGUGAGCGAGCGGCCUGUCGCUCCGUCCUCACUCUGUGUAAGUGGCUGCUGGCGGACUGGAAGGACAUGACCCCUCAGCUCAAACAGGUGGUGAAGAGGUCAGGGGUCAUGACCCCAGGGGUCGCCGCCUUGCCCCCCAUCAGCCGGAACAUCACAGCCCUGCUGGAGCUACCCCUAGAGGACCAGGGCAUGCCCCGAAUCACAGCUGAGACCACAGUGAGUGUGGGUGUAGGAGAACCAGACUUGGUCCUGGGGCAGCUCUACCAGUUGUCCACCAGUCAGGCUCCGGAGGUGGCCAAGUCCUGGGCGGCUCUCGCCAGCUGGGCCUAUCGUUGGGGACGGAAGGUGGUCGACAACGCCAGUCAAGGUGAAGGUGUGCCCCUGCUCCCGGGAGAGAAGAAGGAGAUCGAGGAGCUUCUCCCAGAAUGCACCAGUGAGGAGGACAAGGAGAACAUCUUCAGCAUCCUGGGUCAGGCCAUGUGUCGACCUGCUGGAAUACAGGAUGAGGACAUGGCCCUGCAGCAGGAGGAUGAGGAGGAGGAUGACAUGGUGGAUGUGAUCUGGAGACAGCUGCUGUCUGCCUGUCCCUGGCUGGAGGAGCAGGGGGAGGUGGAGGGUGUCCAGGGGGGUAGUGGGGUGAUGGAGGGUCUGAUCCGGGUCUGGAGGAGGGUGGUGGACAGGAUCUUCAGUCUCUACAGGGUCUCCUGCGGUGCCUACUUCACCUUCCUCAAACUCAACGCUGGACAGGUUCCCAUCGAUGAGGAUGACCCCAAGCUGCUGCUGACCAAUCAGAACAGCAAGCAGAGUAACGACGAUAUCAUCGUCAUGGCAACGCUGCGGUUGCUACGGCUGCUGGUGAAGCACGCCGGGGAGCUGAGGGAGGGGCUUGAGCUUGGGCUCGCCUCAACCCCCACCGCCCCUGGAGAGGAGAGGCCCAGCACGCAGGUACACACACACCACCUCAUCCUGUACCCUGCUAUAGUCGGAUCACUGUCUCUGGGAGGAGAGGCCCAGCACGCAGGAAACAAGCUCCCGUCGGCCCUGCCCACUUUCCUGGGCAGCAUGCAGGGGGAGGGGCUGUGUGAGGAAGGGGAGGGGACACUGGGCAGUAACCCCGCCUCCCAGGAGGAAGAUGGGCGGGGUGAGGAGUUUCCUGCACUGUGUUCCAGCCAGGACCAGGCCAUGAUGCAUGACUGCUACAGCAAGAUAGUGGACAAGCUGUCUGCAGCCAACCCCACUAUGGUGUUACAGGUCCAGAUGCUAGUGGGAGAGCUGCGUCGCGUGACUCUGCUGUGGGAUGAGUUGUGGCUGGGCGUCCUGCAGCAGCAACACAUGCACGUCCUCCGCAGGAUUCAGCAGCUGGAGGACGAGGUCAAGAGAGUGCAGAACAACAACACACUACGCAAGGAGGAGAAGGUGGCCAUCAUGUGUGAGAAGCACUCCGCUCUGAUGCGUCCCGUGGUGUUCGCUCUGGACCACGUGAGGAGCAUCACCACGACGCCCGCCGACCCCCACGAGACCUGGUUCCAGCAGACCUACGGGGACGCCAUCACCUCGGCCCUGGAGAGACUGAAGAGCCCUCACAACCCGGCCAACCCGGCCAGCAGCUGGGUCCCGUUCAAACAGAUCAUGCUGAGUCUCCAGCAGAGGGCUCAGAAGAGGACCAGCUAUCUGCUGCGUCUGGACCACAUCAGCCCCCGCCUGGCUGCCAUGGCGACCACUGAGAUGGCGUUGCCGGGCGAGGUGUCGGCAACGGACGCGUUGACCAUCCAGAGUGUUGGCAACACCAUCACCAUCCUGCCAACCAAGACCAAGCCCAAGAAACUACACUUCCUGGGUUCCGACGGACGAAACUACCCUUACCUCUUCAAAGGUCUGGAGGACCUCCACCUAGAUGAGCGAAUCAUGCAGUUCCUUUCCAUAGUCAACACCAUGUUCACCAAGGUGAACCAGCAGGAGCGCCCCCACUUCCACGCCCGCCACUACUCCGUCACCCCGCUGGGGACGCGCUCAGGACUCAUCCAAUGGGUGGACGGCGCCACGCCGCUGUUCGGCCUCUACAAGCGCUGGCAGCAGAGAGAGGCCGUGCUGCAGGCUCAGAAGGCCCAGGAUUCGUUCCAGCAGCAGCCCCAGCCCCUCCCUCUGGUUCCACGGCCCAGUGAGCUCUACUACAGCAAGAUAGGCCCCGCCCUGAAGGCGGUGGGGCUCAGCCUGGACGUUUCGCGGCGCGAUUGGCCGCUCAGCGUGAUGAGGGAUGUGCUUAAGGAGCUGAUGGCGUCCACGCCCCCUAACCUGCUGGCCAAAGAGCUGUGGUGCUCCUGUACCACGUCUAGCGAGUGGUGGAGGGUCACACAGUCCUACGCCAGGUCUACUGCUGUGAUGUCUAUGGUGGGCUACAUCAUUGGCCUCGGCGACCGUCACCUUGACAACGUGCUGAUUGACAUGACGACGGGAGAGGUGGUGCACAUCGACUACAACGUCUGCUUCGAGAAAGGUGAUUCAGAUGAUGCGUCGUGGGCGGGGCUAGUGGAACAGACGCUGCUGACCCUGCUGGAGUGGAACGUUUGUCCUGUGACGACCCUCUGGUGGACUGGACGGUGGAACCGGGGAACAGGGAACGGAGAACAAGCAGAGCAAGAGAGAGAUGGAGUGGAACAGUCUUCAGACAUCACACGCUCCCUCUUCUCCUCCCGCGUGGCUGAGAUCAAGGUGAACUGGUUUAAGAACCGUGAGGAGAUGUUGGGGGUCCUGCCCCAGGUGGAGGGGGCAGUGGAGGAGUACCUCACCCUGCAGAAGCUGCUCUCUCAGGGGGACAAGAUGACCACCAAGAUCCUGGAGGAGAUGAGCUUCCUGGAGGGGGCUGAGCUCUCAGACCACCUCAUACUCACCCUGGAGCACAGGAUCCACACCCAGCUUCCGCAGCGCACCGUCCAGGAGGUGAUCCAGGGGAAGCUGGGUGACCUGGACCAGUGGAUGUCCCAGUACCAGUUCAGCAGCCUGGAGGCCACACAGCUGGCCAGUCUACUGCAGGACAUCAGCAGUCACAUGGACCUGGGCCCUCCCAGCUACGUCCCGGCCACAGCCUUCCUGCAGAACGCCGGCCAGGCCCACCUAAUCAGCCAGUGCGAGGGCCUGGAGGCUGAGUUGGGCUCCCUGCUGCAGCAGCGCCGUGGGGCCCUGCGAGGCUGUCUGGAGCAGCUGCACAGCUAUGCCACUGUGGCCCUGCUGUACCCGCGGGCCGUGCUGCUGCGCCACAGGGCCCACCUCUGGAAACAGUGGCUGGAAGAGCUGCUCUGUGACAUGACUGUUGACCACUGCCAGCAGAUCUCCAGACAGUAUGAGGUCCAGUGCCCCCAGCCUCCCCUUGCUUCGUGCCAGUUCCUGUCCAGCGUUGAGCUGGCCCUGCAGCACCAGGCCUCAGAGACCAACACGCGUGUCCUGCGCCAGGCGGAGCGUGUCAAGGCCGAGGGAGCCACGGUCCACGCGUGUGAAGAACAGCUGCAGGAGAUCGAGCGUUGCAUCAGUGUGUUCCUCCUAGAGAACCCAGAGCAGGGCUCUCUCAGCCUGGCCACCAUCAUCUCAUCGGCCCUCUGCACCCUCACCAGGCGUAACCUGGUGAUGGAAGGGGCGGCGGCGGCGGCGGGGGGGCAGCUGGUAGAGUUGACGUCUCGCGACGGGGCCUGGUUCCUGGAGGAGCUGUGCUCCAUGAGCGGUAAUAUCACCUCAUUGGUCCAGCUGCUGGGGCAGUGUCAGCUCCUCCCACACGACCUGGACCUGCCCUCGCCGCAGGAGACCGCCCAGACCGUCUACCUGGCCAACGCCGUCUACACCUGUCUACAGGAGCUGAACACUAACUUCCGUCAGAUCAUCUUCCCGGAGGCUCUCCGCUGCAUGUUGAAGGGCGAGGCCACCCUGGAGACCAUGCUGUCUGAGCUGGACCUCUUAGUGGAGCAGUGUGCAGACGGGGUCUCCCUGCAGGGGCUGGCCGACGCCCUGCACACACACCUCCGCAGCGCCGCCAUGGGCCUGGAGCACGAGGCGGACACACAGUGUCUCCACAUCACCAGGAUGUUGCGGGCCCAGUACUGCCAGCUGAUGCAGCCUCCAGGGGCCAGUAUGGACGCCGUGGGACAGGACUCUCCUAAGAUGUCCGCCGGUCAGAUGCUGCUGGUGGCCUUCGAUGGCAUGUUUGCUCAGCUGGAGACCGCACUGUCUCAGCUCACAGAGAAGAUGAUUUCCAUGGAGGUGCCGCCGGCGUGGCGGAAGGUGGAUGUGAUGCGUGAGGCGCGGGCGGCCCAGGUCCAUUUCUUCCACAGCGGUCCUCACAGACAUGUUCUGGAGGAGAUCUUCUUCCUCAAGAGACUCCAAACCAUCAGGGACUUUUUCAGGCUGUGUGGCUCCUUCGCUCAGACACUCUCUGGUACGUUCCCCCCAGUGUCUGAGGACCCUCCUCCCUCCAACGGCCCAGUAGUGGGUCUGGGGGGUGUAGGUCUACCAGGGAAGCCCGUGUUCCGGGGGGCGGCGGCGGUAGUGAGCGAGGAGCAGAUGACCCGGCCCAUCAAGGCGUUCACGGCUGAGUUUGUCCGUCAGAUGCUGAUUGGUCUUCCCACCCAGACCCUGGGUCUGUCUCUCUGCAGCACUCUGUCCGCCCUGGGUCUGGAUCUGACCGCGCAGGUGGAGGCCAAGGACUUCGGAGCCGACGGCAAGGUGUCGCUAGAUGAGUUGUGUAAGCAGACGGUGGUGCAGGGUCUGGGCGCCGGCCGUAUGUCUCAGCUGCUGCUGAACAGAGGCACGGUGCUGGCGUCCUCUUACGACACGGCCUGGAAGAAACUGGACCUGCUCAGACGCCUGGAGACCAGCCUGGACGCUGCCAAGGUCUCCCUGCAACGCACCCAGCUACACAUCACCAUGUUCCAGUGGCAGCAUGAGGAUGUGCUCGGCCCUCGGACCCAGCCGAUGAGUGUGAGCCCUCCUCCUCGCUCCAUCAUCCUCAGUAGUAUGAAGAAGAAGCUUUACAAACUCAGCCAGGACGAGGCGGCCAUCGCUGCUGUCCAGGAGAAGCUGGCAUCACUAGAGGGCAGUAUAGAGCAGCGUCUGAAGUGGGCCGGAGGGGCCAACCCUGCCCUGGCCCCGGUGCUCCAGGACUUUGAUCUGACCAUCGCAGAGCGCCGCGCCCUCGUGGCCCGGGAGAGCCAGCGUACCAGCCAGGUGACGUUCCUCAACAUUAUUAUUCCCAAUACCAGUUCACGUUCCUCAACAUUAUUAUUCCCAAUACCAGGUGACAUUCCUCAACAUUAUUAUUCCCAAUACCAGUUCACGUUCCUCAACAUUAUUAUUACAUUUACAUUUAAGUCAUUUAGCAGACGCUCUUAUCCAGAGCGACUUACAAAUUGGUGAAUUCACCUUCUGACAUCCAGUGGAACAGCCACUUUACAAUAGUGCAUCUAAAUCAUUAAGGGGGGGGGGGUGGUGAGAAGGAUUACUUAUCUUAUCCUAGGUAUUCCUUGAAGAGGUGGGGUUUCAGGUGUCUCCGGAAGGUGGUGAUUGACUCCGCUGUCCUGGCGUCGUGAGGGAGUUUGUUCCACCAUUGGGGGGCCAGAGCAGCGAACAGUUUUGACUGGGCUGAGCGGGAACUGUACUUCCUCAAUGGUAGGGAGGCGAGCAGGCCAGAGGUGGAUGAACGCAGUGCCCUUGCUUGGGUGUAGGGCCUGAUCAGAGCCUGGAGGUACUGCGGUGCCAUUCCCCUCACAGCUCCGUAGGCAAGCACCAUGGUCUUGUAGCGGAUGCGAGCUUCAACUGGAAGCCAGUGGAGAGAGCGGAGGAGCGGGGUGACGUGAGAGAACUUGGGAAGGUUGAACACCAGACGGGCUGCGGCGUUCUGGAUGAGUUGUAGGGGUUUAAUGGCACAGGCAGGGAGCCCAGCCAACAGCGAGUUGCAGUAAUCCAGACGGGAG